AUGUCAAAGUCUUGUGAAGAAGGACUUUGGAAAAAGGCCACAGAAUAUGAUAAAAAUGCACUUCAUAUUUCAAGUUUACAAGGAAAUCUUAGACUUGUCAAAUCUCUCAUCGAAUGCAACUGCGAUAAAGAAGUAAAGGAUAAAGAUGGAUGUACUCCAUUCAUGCUUGCAUCACAAUAUGGUCAACUUGAAGUAGUGAAAUAUCUAAUUUCUGUUGGAGCUGAUAAAGAUGCUAAGGAUAAUAAUGGAAAUACUCCACUCAUUUUGGCAUCAUUAAAAUGUAAACUUGAAGUUGUUAAAUAUCUAAUUUCUAUUGGUGCGGAUAAAGAUGUAAAGAAUAAUUAUGAUUGUUUUCCACUCAUUUUGGCAUCAUUUAGUGGUCAUCUUGAGGUUGUUAAAUAUCUUAUCUCGCUUGGAGCUGAUAAAGAAACAAAGAAUAUUUCUGGAUAUAUUUCACUCAUUUUGGCAUCAUUUAGUGGUCAUCUUGAGGUUGCCAAAUAUCUUAUCUCGCUUGGAGCUGAUAAAGAAGCAAAGGAUGAAAAAGGAAUGACUUUGCUUAUUAUUGCAUCAAAACUUGACUGUCAUGAAGUGGUCAAAUGCCAUAUCUCUCUUGGAGCUGAUAAAAAUGCAAAGGACAAUGAAGGGAAAACAUGCUUUGAUCACGGGAAUAGCAAUGCAAGAAAUUAUUUAUCUUUGAUCAGCUUGACGAAACUUCAUUACAAUUUUGUAGUUUUGAACCAAAACACCCAAUAA